UGAGCAUACUGACACAUAAGAGAGAGCAAAGACAGCAACAACAGAAGAGACGGAGAGAUUUGAAGAACAGGAGGAGAGGAAGGAAGGGAUCUGCUCAGAGGCCACAUCUGCACUUCUCUCAAAGGGAGGACAACAAUAUCUCCACUCGACCUUCCUCCCUCGUUCCUCCUCUUGUGUUAUAACUCUCAGCUGUGCCGGAUCUCCUCCUUCCUGCAGCCUUUUGGAACAGCACCAAAGACUGAGAGAUGCAGGAGAGGACGCAGAAGAGGGCCGUGGAGAUGAAGAGAUGACUAGUGUGUGUGUGACAGGGCUUGCAUGUGGAGUCGACAGUUGUGUGUGUGUGUGUGAGUGAGUGUGUGUGGGAGUCCCUGAGCUCCUGCCGACUUUAACCAGAUGGAAUCUGGCCUGGCCGGUUGGCAUGGAGAUGGAUGCGAGGUGCCUCCUCGCGUAGUGGACUAUGCGUUUGCUAGCAAACAAACAACCUCUUGCUUUCUGUCUGCUCUCUCUGCCGCCAGGCGAGUCCAGUGGCUUUAAGCGUGGGCAGUGUGUGUGUGUUACUGUUUUUUGGAUUCCCUUUCUCUCUCUCUCUUUUUUUUUCUUCUUCUUCCAAACAGAAAAAAGUGAUUGAGAAAAACUCUGUGGACUCACUCAUCAAUCCACACACUCCGUCUGUCUGUCCCGACUGACACCCCUGUUGAAAGAAACUCUUGAAAGCCAACUCCCUGCAUGUGUUUUUGCAGUGAUUUCGGGACCUCAUUCGGGACAGCUCGGCUCUAAUUAAGCCAGAGGGUAGCAAGCUGGUGCCUUCCCCAUUUAUAUUUCGCCUCCCUUCAGUCCUCCUCUCCCUCCCUUCAUCCACCCCCUGAGACCCCAUUGUCGUCAUUAAUUUCUAUUUCGAGUCACCUAUGAAUAAUGGAGGCAGUGGAGUCUCUUCUGGACUAGUGCCUUAAGGGUGGGAGGUGGACGGAAAAGGAGAGGACAAGAGAACGGUGGGUUAGAAAGCAGAGAGGCGAGCGCUGGGGUGUAGACUCUCUACCUCUGUAUGAGAGAGAGAGGCGGAGGGGUGUGUCCAGCGCUGAACGGAUGAAUGGAAGAGCAGCCGACGGAGGCCGAGUUCAGGAACAACACGUGCUCUGACGGCGAAAGAGAGGAGAGGACGAUCCUCAGUCGUUUACAUCUAGACCGCACCUUUCUCUACAACCAGCUGGUAUAAACAAAAGAGAUAGAGGAAGUAAAAAACAGAGAAUUGAUGCUCUGAUCCAGAGCCAAAACUAGAAGACUGCUUUUAAUUUUCUUCUCUAUGGUUUUUAAAAAAAAACAUUUUUUGGAAUGAUUCAGAGAUGGCCAAAAUGGAAUAUCCCUGAAGCCUUGGGUUUCAAAUUUAUUGAUCCACUUUAAUUAGAAACUUUCACUCAUUUUGACACCAAUUCUCUUUUGAGGUGUGUACAGGAAUGCUCUUCAAAGAACCAAACCAGGUCUGUUCAACUGGAGACUCAUUUGAAGAAGCGUCAAAGAAAAAGCAGGGCUUGUAGAGUUUUUUUUUUUACAGACCUGGACAAUGAGCAGAGGGCUGUUUUGCAAAGAGGACAGUCUCUUGAAUAUAGGAUAACUUGCUUGGCAACUCGGUCUGUUUUUGGAUGGCAUGGCAAUUUGUUGACAGUUGAUGGACAAAGAAAGGAGGAACGAGGAGGCUGUAUUGUAACUUCCUGCAUGUGGACGGACUUCCUAGAAAGUGCCUGAACUUUGUAGCUUUGUAAAAAGAAAACCAAAAAGGAAAAGAUAUCUGAGCUCACGGAAUCAUGGAUGACUCGAGUAUUUUGAGGCGCAGGGGUCUCCAGAAGGAGCUGAGCCUUCCCAGAAGAGGCAGUUUAAUCUGGUCGCCGGCUCAGCUGCGUUGCCACGGCAACAGCAGCCUCCUCCAGCACCUGCUGUCCCCCACUUCCUUUCAUCCCUCCGUCGUUCAGCCCCCCGUCGUCACCCUCUUCCCCUUCUCCUCCCCCUCGUCCUCCUCUCCCUCCCUCUGUUCCUCCGAUGGCCCUCUGUCAGCCCCUGUUCACCAGCGAGGAAACCCCUUCCUCUGGAGCUGUCGGACGAGCAACCGGAAGAGCCUGAUUGUGACAUCCAGCACCUCCCCCACCCUGCCACGACCCCAUUCACCUCUGCAUGGACACACAGGUACCAGCCCACUGGACAGCCCUCGCAACUUCUCCCCCAACACAGCUGCACACUUCUCCUUUGUUCCUGCACGCAGUCACGGACACAGGGCUGACAGGACGGACGGCAGACGCUGGUCCCUGGCCUCAUUACCUUCCUCUGGCUAUGGCACCAACACUCCCAGCUCAACUGUCUCGUCCUCCUGUUCAUCUCAGGAGAAGCUGCACCAGCUGCCCUUCCAGCCCACUCCGGACGAGCUGCACUUCCUCACCAAACACUUCAGCUCCGAGAGCAUCACGGACGAGGAGGGACGCCGCUCCCCCGCCAUGAGACCGCGCUCCCGCAGCCUCAGUCCUGGGCGCUCGCCUAUCUCCUUCGACCAUGAGAUCAUGAUGAUGAACCAUGUGUACAAGGAAAGGUUCCCCAAGGCGACAGCUCAAAUGGAGGAGCGUCUGGCCGAUCUGCUCUCCUCCUCGGCCCCAGAUAAGAUCUGCCCGCUGGCCGACGGGGUCCUGAGCUUCAUCCACCAUCAGCUGAUAGAGCUGUCCAGAGACUGCCUGGAGAAAAGCAGAAAGGACCUCAUCACCUCCCGCUACUUCUACGAGCUCCAGGAGAACCUGGAGAAGCUGCUGCAAGAUGCUCAUGAGCGCUCAGAGAGUGUGGAGGUUACCUUCGUCACACAACUCGUCAAGAAGCUGAUGAUCAUCAUCGCCCGGCCAGCUCGUCUGCUGGAGUGUCUGGAGUUUGAUCCUGAGGAGUUCUAUCAUUUGUUGGAAGCAGCAGAGGGCCAUGCCAAGGUGGGCCAGGGCAUCAAGUCUGACAUCCCCCGAUACAUCAUCAGCCAGCUGGGCCUCACCAGGGACCCCCUGGAGGAAAUGGCCCAGCUGAGCAGCUAUGACAGCGGGAACCCAGAAACCCCAGAGACUGAUGACUCAGUGGAUAGCCGAGGCACCACGGUCCCAGCAGCUCCACCGCAGACUAAACCCAAAACACCUCGAGAGGAAGACUUUGAAAACAUCAAGCUCAUCAGUAACGGAGCCUACGGUGCUGUGUUUCUGGUGCGUCACAAGGAGACGCGGCAGCGUUUCGCCAUGAAGAAGAUCAACAAGCAGAACCUGAUCCUGAGGAACCAGAUCCAACAGGCCUUCGUGGAACGAGACAUCCUGACGUUUGCUGAGAACCCGUUUGUUGUCUCCAUGUUCUGUUCUUUUGAGACCAGGAGACACCUCUGCAUGGUGAUGGAGUACGUGGAGGGCGGAGACUGUGCCACGCUGCUGAAGAAUAUCGGGGCUUUGCCGGUCGAUAUGGCUCGCAUGUACUUUGCAGAGACCGUCCUCGCAUUAGAGUAUCUUCACAAUUAUGGCAUCGUACACAGAGACCUCAAACCUGACAAUCUCCUCAUCACUUCCAUGGGACACAUUAAGCUGACAGACUUCGGUCUCUCAAAGAUCGGUUUGAUGAGUUUGACCACAAACCUGUAUGAAGGACACAUAGAGAAAGACACCAGAGAGUUCCUCGAUAAACAGGUGUGUGGCACUCCAGAGUACAUCGCUCCAGAGGUGAUCCUGCGUCAGGGCUACGGGAAGCCGGUGGACUGGUGGGCGAUGGGAGUCAUCCUGUAUGAGUUCCUGGUGGGCUGUGCUCCCUUCUUCGGAGACACACCGGAGGAACUGUUUGGCCAGGUCAUCAGUGAUGAGAUCAUCUGGCCAGAGGAGGAUGAAGCUCUGCCUCAGGAGGCUCAGGACCUCAUCUCCAAGCUGCUGAGACAAAAUCCCCUGGAGAGACUGGGCACAGGAAGUGCCUUUGAGGUGAAGCAGCACCCAUUCUUCACAGACCUGGACUGGAACAGCCUGCUGAGGCAGAAGGCCGAGUUCAUUCCCCAGCUGGAGUCUGAGGACGACACCAGUUACUUUGACACUCGUUCCGAUCGGUACCACCAUGUAGAUUCAGAAGAAGAGGACGACACCAAUGAUGAAGAACACGUGGAGAUUCGACAGUUCUCCUCCUGCUCACCUCGCUUCAGCAAGGUGUACAGUAGUAUGGAGCGUCUGUCUCUGCACGAGGAGAAGAGGACUCCUCCUCCCACCAAACGCAGCCUCAGUGAGGAGGGAGGCGAUCGUAUCGACAGCCUGAGCGGACUCAAGUCCAGAGAUCGAUCCUGGCUGGUGGGAUCUCCGGAGAUCCUGCGGAAGCGCCUGUCUGUCUCGGAGUCGUCCCACACAGAGAGUGACUCCAGCCCACCACUGACAGUCCGGAGACGCUGUUGUUCAGCCAUCAUUGAGAUGCCACGCUUCGCCAUCUCCUCAGAGGAAGAGGGAGGCCAAGGUGCGGCUGGAAGUCGUAAGAGUCCCAGCCUGUUGGGUCCGAGUGCAGUGAGAGGCCCGCGGUGUGACGAGCUGCCCCUCGCCAUCCCAGAGCUCCCAGUGGAGAGAGAGCUGAAGCUCGAUGAGUCUCCCACCACACCGAGCUCCACCUCCAGUCAGCUGAGCAAGGCCACGCUCACACCGGGUAGUUCAGGCGACGUGUGUGAUCGUGGUAACAGAGCUAACGGCAGUAAUGGCGCUGCCAGUGGAGCUGCUAAAGGUGCAGGAGACAGUGACUCUCCAUUGACUCCGAGAGCCAUCAGCGACCUGGCGGCUCGCAGGGCUCGCCAUCGGCUGCUCUCUGGAGAUGCAGACAAACACACAGCGACGCCAAGCUCCAGACCACUCAACAAGGUCAUCAAGUCAGCCUCUGCCACCACACUGUCACUGAUGAUCCCUGCAGACCACCACGGAGCCUCUCCAUUGGCCAGCCCGAUGUCGCCCCACUCGCUGUCAUCCAAUCCGUCGUCGCGGGACUCCUCCCCUAGCCGAGACCUGUCCCCGGCCGUGAGCAGCGUAAAGCCCGCCAUCGUGAUCCACAGAGCAGGCAAGAAGUAUGGCUUCACCCUGAGGGCCAUCCGAGUAUACAUGGGAGACUCUGACAUCUACACUGUACACCACAUGGUCUGGCAUGUGGAGGGGGGCGGUCCGGCCCACGAGGCGGGGCUGAGGGAGGGAGACCUGAUCACCCACGUCAACGGAGAGGCGGUUCACGGUCUGGUUCACACAGAGGUGGUGGAGCUCAUCCUGAAGAGCGGAGCCAAGGUGUCCAUUUGUGCCACCCCGUUUGAGAACACGUCCAUCAAGCUCGGCCCCGCUCGAAAGACGAGCCACAAAUCCAAGAUGGCGAGACGCAACAAGAAGACCAAGAGCAAGGAGGGACAGGACAGCAGUAAGAAGAGGACGUCUCUGUUCAGGAAGAUCACCAAGCAGGCGUCUCUCCUCCACACCAGUCGCAGUUUAUCCUCUCUGAACCGUUCUCUGUCCUCUGGGGAGAGCGGCCCUGGCUCGCCCACACACAACCUGUCACCACGUAGCCCGACGCAGGGCUACAGGUCCACGCCAGACUCCACCCACUCAGUUGGUGGAAACUCAUCUCAGAGCAGCUCUCCCAGCUCCAGUGUCCCAAACUCCCCGGCGAGCUCCGGCCACAUCAGACCAAGCUCCCUGCACGGCCUCGCCCCGAAGCUCCAGCGGCAGUACCGCUCACCCCGACGCAAGUCUGCCGGCAACAUCCCCCUCUCCCCUCUGGCCCGCACACCUUCACCCACCCCUCAGAGCAGCUCACCACAGCGCUCACCGUCCCCACUGCCCAGCCACGCUCUGGGACAGUCUGCAGUGGGUCAGUCCUUCCCUGUGAAGCUCCACUCCUCCCCUCCCCUGGUGAGGCAGAUAUCCAGGCCUAAGAGUGCAGAGCCUCCACGGUCUCCGCUCCUCAAGAGGGUGCAGUCAGCUGAGAAACUGGCCGCCUCCCUGUCUAACUCCCCCUCGUCUCCCUCUGGGGUGGCAGCAGUGGGGGAGAAGAAGCUGGCGGUGGGAGCGGCUGUAGGGAGCCGGAAACACAGUCUGGACAUCUCACAUUCAGAGUUUAAGAAGGAGAUUCUGCAGAGAGAACCGAGCCUACAGAGCCUUCAGGAGUCAGCCAGCGAGGGUCUGCUGUCCUCAGCAGGACGCGGCGUGGAGAAGGGCAGCCUGCAGAAACACUCCUCCUCAUCCAGGAAGUUAGGGCGUCAGGAAGGGGACGGCGCCCUCAGCGCGGUGUCCGGCUCGCUGGGCCUGGUCCCCGGGAAGAUCAAGCUGAAGGACAAACUGUCCGCCAUCCGGCAGGACAGAGCCGAGCGGAGGGAAUCGCUACAGAAGCAAGAUGCCAUCCACGAGGUCGAUUCAUCUGAGGACGAGACCGAUGAGGGCUCAGAGGACAGUCAGGACGGACGCAGGGGAACAACCUUCACCCCUCCUCCCCUGCUGAGGCCCACCACUGUGAGAACGGGCCCUGGAGGCACUCUGCCGUCCCUCUGCCUCUCCCCCUGCACCCCUCAUGCCACAUUCACCCACACAGGGCCCGCGCAGGUAGGCAGGCCCACUCCCUCACACACCCUCCCCUCUGUUACAGAGUCGAAACCCAGUCAACCCACCUCCUCUGUGGGAGGAAAAGACACAAGGUUGGCCUCAUCCGCAGAAGACAGUGCAAGUCAAAAGAGAACGGUUCUGGGGCCUAGCGAUACCACAAAACCCACUCAGGGCCCCCUUCCCUUCUCCACCCCAGGCAGUGCAUUCAUCUCAGUCAGCAAGGACACUUUCCUCAAGCCAACUCCUCCACAAGACUCAAAAAAUCUCAGGGGGAAGACUGUACCAUCAGAGCCCACGGAAGGGGACCAAACCCUGGACAGCCCUAGAACCAGAGUCCCCUCUAGCAUCACUACAAAUACUACCGACUGCAGAACCACCACGAAUACCACAGACUCCAGAACUACCACCAGUACUACAGACUGCCGAACCACUGACAGCCAAGAGACACCCCGCACCUCCUGCUCCUCUCCUGGCAUCCCCAAGGAGAAGAAGGAGGCUGACAAUCGGAGACUUUGUGCUGCGGCUGCUGCUGUAAGUCUGAGUGCGUCGUCCUCGUCCACUUCUGGCUCCAGCUCCAGUUCCAGCUCCCCAGUUCCUGCCCAUGAGAGUGGCGUGGACAAAGUUGUGUCCCAGCUUGCAACAGUAGCUAAGAGCAUUCUGGGCCCCGUCAAACUUAGCACCACUGCAGACAAGAGCCAGAAGGACCAGAAACCAUCCAGAGGUGGCACCCCAGAAGUCCCACCAACUGAUCCCCUCUCAUGUCUCUCUAAACAGCUCCCAACCCCUCAGUCGCCUCACCUUUUGGAGUCCCCAACCAGACAGAAAACUGAGCGAGUUGCCUCCCCGACCACCUCGCAGAGGUCGGCCAAAUCCUCAACCCAGAAAGACCGCGCAGCCCAGCCAUCAUCAUCCUGCACGGACGUCCCAGAAAGGCCCACAUCAGGGUCUGCAGGUAGGGAUAACGCUGCCACGUCUGCAUCUGCACAGCGGCUUGGUGUAGCAGCCGCUCAGCCUGCCCUCAUCACAAACCCCACUUCCUCUGCAGCAUCUGAGCCACAGCGCAAGAGGUCCGAACCACAGACGACAACUGCCGCCGCCACCACCAACACCGUGUCCGCCUCCUCGCAGCAAGACAAAGCAACCUGCAAGAAGACGUAGCAGCAAAAAGCAAAGAACCAGAACAAAAUGUACAGAUCACACCACUCAGUGCUGGCUUGAGGUUUUAAAACUCACACAAACUGCAUGUUUGGAAGAAAACAUAUUAGUAACUUCACACUAAUCAGAAAGUUUGACUUUCAAAGCAAAAAAAAGGUGUAGAGAGAGACAAAGAGCUAUCAGAAGCAGAGAUAAAUGUGGUAGUCCUAGUUCCAUUCCAGCUGUUCUGUGCUCUUAAUGUUCAUGUGAGUUAUUUUGGUGUCCUGACUCUUUGGUUACAGCCACUAAAUGCCACGAGGUGUUGGCGUUUUUUCUCUUUCUGCAAACAUGUACGGGGAUAGAAAUAAGGAGCUCAGUGGUCCAUGCACUUACAAUUUUAAAAUGUAGACACAUUACACACACCUUACUCGUUCAUAAUCUUCUUGUGCUGCCUCAUUACUUUUCAUCUUGAUGUUUGGCAGAGCCUACUCGCGUGUUCCUCAAAUCGAUUAGGACGUGUCUUAUGGAACACUCUCUUCCCAUCCCUGCUUGCCCAACAAUGUCUACCCAGCCAUGACUCGAAAAAGAUUGUAUCUCAGCAAUAAAGUGCAGCGUAUGUUUAGCAAUCUGUGUAAAUGUAUUACAGUGUUUUUAAUAGGGCUAAAUCUGCACCGUCAAUGUGCACUCAGCACCCAGCUAACUAGGUUAAAUUAAAUUAUCCUUUCACUGUAGUCCCUGGUGAUCCGACAUUGCAAGUGUGCGGCAGCAGAGAUGUAUUCCCUGAGUACAGACUCCAGGCUUGGUUUAGUGAUAUGAAGAGAUUACUGGGAAUGUGCUGGAUUAGAUUAAUGUUUGUGCCGAUUUACCAAGUCUGCACAUAUUUCACUGUAGCUUAUCCUUAUUCACUGUCUGUUAUUUGAGCAAACCUUCCCAGAGCUGUUUCAAGUUUUAAGUCUCUCCAAGUUGAUUUUUAAACAUUUGGAAAGCAUUGACUGACUGGAAAGUAGGAAAACGUUAGUUGUAGUCCAACAUGUGACCGUUAGCUAAGAUGCUACAGGGUUGGGUUUCAAUUGUUGGGUCCAUUUUGGAUCCGGUUUCAGGUUGGAUAAUACCCAGUAUCGCUAAGCUCCGACACUAACGAAACCCUCAUCGAGUGUUUGCUGUUUUAUAUUAACAAAGAGCAUUGCUAACCGUCGCUUUCAACAGUUAGAAACACAAAUGCUGCUGCUGGCAGAUUAUACAGUGUGUCAGCUGUAGCUAAUUAGUUUCCUACAAAUGCUAAAAGCUAACCCUAAAUACAUUCAAUAAAAACUUCAGAUUGGAAAAGCUGAUUCAAUACUGGAUUCAGAUCUAAUAAAAUCCCAUCAAAACCCAACUCUAGCAUGUUAGCAUAAGCACGACUACACAUUAGUCAUCUUUCUGGUUCUUCACUUUAUUCCACUAUGAGCAGAAUUAGCCAGGCUUAUUGGAUGUGUUUUAAGUCAGAACUUUAGAUUCAGACGCCCUUUACCACACAUACGGAAAUUAAGCCAAGGAUUUGAAUACAUACCUGAUUUUAUAGCCUGCACACACAUGCAAAAGCAGAAACUGCUUCACCACACUGUCAUUCAGCUGAAGAAUCCAAACUGAGCAUGCUCAGACUGACUGUGGUUAUUUUAGAAACACUGUUCUGUUGGACCACCGCCUUUUUAUUUCUAGCCCCGAUCAGCCUCUGAAGGCUGCGGGACUUUUAUUUGCUAUCUGGACCAACUUGCUGUGUUUUUUGUUUUUGCCUCUACUCCUGUAAAGUCAUCAGACUUUACUUUGUAUAUGUGUGUGUGAGGGAGAGAGCGUUUGUUAAUUUGUGCAUGGUUAUCUAUGUAUAUAUAUAUAAGAAUAUUUAAAGUUCUGUUGUGCAUCUGUUUUAUACCCUGAGUGUGUUUGCGUGUGUGUUUUAGGAUUAACUUUGUUCAGGACACUCUGCUACCUGUGUAUGUGGGCCGAGCUCUCUACGCAUCUGUGUCGGGCGUCAGGCUUUGCACAAAACUUUUAUCUCAUUUGUCCAAUGAAAAAGACUAAAAGUCACUAAAAGGAAAGCUGGUCGAGACGUUUGACCACUGUUGUGUGUUGGGUUGGAGCUCAGUUUUACGAUUGCUUCAGAGGAAAGAUGCAGUUAGCCUGUUCAAAUCAAUUCCUCAUGUUUUUUUCCUGAAUAUACCACCUUUAAUUUCUUCUGCAUUGUCCUGAUCACCUCCCUGAUUUCCUACUAUACAUUUGAAAGCAAGAAACAGUUUGCAGAUUGUUUUUUGUUUUGGUUUGUUUCACAUUUUUAAGAAAAUUACCUUUCAAAAUCGACUUAAAGCACACGGAGCCCAGCCGUGGUGUGAGUCCACUCAUGUCGUACAUUUGAACAUUUUCUGCUCCUGCGUCUCUGAAAAGCAGGAUGUUCCUGUCUUGAGUUUAAAGUGAACUGAACCUCCUUCAGUGUUUUGUGUCUUUACUGGGCUUGUGUCCCUGUUGGAGAGACAGCAGAGUUCACUGAUUUCAGUUUAAAGGACAGUGUUAAACUGACAUCAACACUGACUGAGGCAAUCUCUGUAUUAUGUUUACAUGUUCUUGUUUUUUAUUUUUCUUUGUGUUUUUUUGUCAAUGGAACUUGUUGCCUGUAGCAAUCAAACCUCCUCUGACAGGCUAGGAUAAUUACCAACUACUUGUCCACAUGUUUAGGUGACUCCUGAUCAUAAUGUGGCGUGUUUAUGUUUAGCUGUGUGAUGAAGAGGUCAGGAUGUUUAGAAAGGAGGAAGAUUCAGCGCACAUAUGUCAAAAUCAUCUCCGCUCUUGUGCACGCUGUGCUGGGCGUCUCACGGCAGUGCAGAAGUGUGUUAGCAGGUGUGUCUGUGGAACAGAUCAGUGGCGUUGAGACUCGUGAAGAGGAAGCAGCUCCCAUCGUUUGAGCUGUUGACCUCUCAGGAUUUAUCUGCAGUAUGCUUUGGCCAAUCAGACGGUCAGCAAGUUGAUGACUAAUGAGUUUUAAACUGCUUCUGUCUUUGUUAGCGUCAGACUUGAAAAGAAUAGUUUUGUCGAUUAAACGACCACAUUGGAUGUUAUUCAUUUACACAACCCAAACAUCUUGCCUCUUAGCGUGGUUAUCACCAGGGAAAUGAGAUUAAUGACUCACUUUUGUCACGCUGCUCAGAAACAACAGAGGUCAAGGUGGCACAAAAAUAAUCUUGAGCGGAAGUCAUUCUGCAGGUCAGAUUUGAGUGCAAACGUGGACAGAUUCGUAAGCACUGAAGAAGUUUUUAGAGCAAGCGAGGACAGAAUUGUGAGCAUAUAUAAAGAUUUGAGCCCAAAAGACAAGUUUUGUCAGUAGAUUUGAGUGCGCAACAAGUAGGGUUGGCCUUUGAUGGCUGGUUUUUGUUUGGAUCCAGUCCCAGGGUGGUAAAAUACCUGGAUUCUCUAAUCUCUUAAGCUAACGAAUGUUUUAUGUCGUAUAUUCAAACCUGAAACCUAGCAAAAGGUCUCCAUUGUUCGUUAUCUUCAAAGCUUCUUGCUCUGUUUGGAUAUUCUUCACAUGCAAAGUCAACUCUAUUGGAUGGUUUCCUGUUAAACUCCACCUUCUAAGUGAGCUUCAUUCGCUCUUUCAUUGAUUUAAAAGAUUUCAGCUGUGAAAAAGUGAUUAUUCUACUGUGCUUAAAUGCUCAAAAUCUAAGAGCAGAUUUCAAAAUGGUGGCUCACUAGAGCAGGGCCAAUAUUAUCAGCUGGAUCUUAGCUUAUCGCAGAUAUAUCAGUAUCACCAUAGAUGUUGGCCGAUAAGUUAACAAGAAAUAUCUGUCUUAGGUCAUUCAGAAACAGUUUCUCCAUGUCAUAGUUUUAAGGGAUCCUUAGUGUAUUUCUAUUAAGAAACAGAUAUCGCUGAUUUAUAUCAAUCAAUCAAAUAUCUGUAUCGGUGCCUCAAAAAUCCUGUUGGGCUCUACUUGAAACGUGUUUUUUGCUUAAUGAUUUGUCCCCCGUGUGCUCUCGAAUCCUGACUAAUUAAUUAUAGACGGGUUAAUUCAAUCCUGAAAUUGUGUUCAUGCUCAAUAGUUUUGUCACUAAAAAUCUUCCACAUCAGUCGGAGUUCUGAUCUGCGCUUGAAUCUCUUCAGUUUCUAUUUUACAUUCUUAUUAAGCGCCUGCUGUUGACUUCAGCUGGAGUUGUGAUUUUCUUUACGCAAUUUGAACCUGCGUGUGUUUGUGUGUAAUCAUGCACACUCCAGUCCAUCUGCUCUCAGCUGGUCGUCCAAUUAGUGCUACAUGGACAGCUGCCUCACACACAAACACACACACAUACGUUCAGAUCAAUACCAGAGCCAUCUAAUGUAGGGAUGCCAGUUUCACCAUCUCCAUAGACAGUAUAAACACACACACACACACACCUUCUCCCGUGUGUAAAGAUGAUGGUCCAGCCAUCUGCUGGAGACUGAAGCAAGUGUCAGUGUUCCUGGUGGAGUCAUUAAUCUCUGAAGCCUGUUGACCACACACACACACACACACACACACACACAAACACCACCCAGCCUCCCUCAGGCUCCUCUGUCCUGUCCCGGUCCGGUCGGUUCAGCAGUUACACUCUGUUAGCAGUUGUUCGACCUCCAGCCUGUGUUUACCCAUCAUGCACCUCUGCUGCUCUGUGGCAGAAGCCCACAAACCAGACCCACCGCUCCGAAAGUUCAUUAAACAGCUGCGACUCAAGUCAAGCUGAAACUAAUCAGUCGGGAUUUGAGAGCACGUGUGGAAUUGUGUCACCAGUUUUAGCGAGCACUUUUCACUUUUGACAGUUACUGUUACUCGUCAGGGCGUUUGAACAUUUUCAACACUAGUGCCAAUACACUUUUGAGAAAUAUAAACAUUUUCGACAUCCACCAAAGACGCUAAAGUUCUCAAAAGUUAAAUGUCGUAUAAACACAAGCAUCUCUAUAGUCCGUACUUUGGAAUAGUCUGAAACUGACACAUUUUGAUUUAAAUCAGUAACCAUCUGAUCAAAAAAAUAAGGACUCUCACCUGACGAUUCGAUUCCAGCUUGACCCUUUAAAAUACUCAAUGUCAGGGACACAUUUCACCCUAUCAAGAGCUCAGAAUUUAAUGAAACUCAUGCAGUAGUUUCGACACUGAUUAACAUCCGUGCUUAUUGGUGAGCCCUGUUGAAGCCAGAACCUCCAAGUAGUUGGCCCGUCACGUUUUCAAAAACUCAGAAUUUGCCAAAACAGCUGCAGGAAACUUUGAGCAGAUUUCCAAACUGAAAGUUAAAAUUUAAUUUGUGCAGAACAGUCUGUCCUUGCAUUCUCUCGUCUGUUUUCAAGCCGUAGCUUUGAGCGUGGACCAAAUCAGGAUUUGGAGCAUUUGAAACUUGUCUUGUGCUGAUGAUUCUGUCUCUGCCUGUGACCAGAUAUCAAAUCUUGACUUACAGAUUGAUGGAAGCAUCCGUUGUGGUUUUGGCAGUAAUGAGCUUGCGUACACCUCUGACUCUGAGCAUGUAGGGUAACCGGCUCUGUCUGUGCGGCACAUAGAUUCAAACAUGUGACUUUGAGUAUGACGAGGUACGAGGGUAAAGCCUUAUUACCACUAACACACACACACACACACACACACACACAAACUAUUAGAAACCACCGUUACAUGAGAUUCAGUGAUGUUUCAGUGUGCAGUCCGUUAAGCUUGUAUCUGUGUCUGAGGAGGUCGAUUCUGCUCGGUCGAGCAGCAUAAAACGAUUUUUAUGGACUUGACUCUUGCAGACGAGGGCAGUGUUUCCAAGCUGUGUGUUUUGUGUUUGUCUUUAAAGAGUACUGAAGACGAGGAGGAAGAUUCAGCUGUGCACCGUAAAAGCUUGAGACGUUAAGAAAGAGGGAAAAAACAUUGCUAGAGUAAAACCAGUGCAAUAUCUUUUUAUUUUUUAUUGUGGUAAAAGCAUGUUGUUGUCAAUCUUACCUUACAACAAUAAUAAAGUUUUUUUAUGUA